AUUACACGCUCUCAAUCACCGUGAUUCGACAUGGAGGACAAAGAAACAGAGCUACUCUCUAAAGUGUCUGUAAAUCACAUAUUCUUGGCACAGUUCGAACCAUUCCGAGCCACUCUCCGUAGCCUCCGAUCACGAAAUCCGGAUAUUGCUCGGGCCAUUCUUCAGACGAUCGUCGCUAAGGGUGGCCGAUUCGACUCGGUCCUUUAUUCCCACUAUUGCCCAUCCCCGGCUUUACUUAGUUUCCUAUGCACACUUGAACUCCUUGAAUUCAAAGAACCUACGUCGAACCUUUGGUCGUUUGGUGCGGAAGCGCUGAAAUUGAGGGCAGAGUUUUUGUUGUAUUUGCAAGUUGUAACUUCUAGGGUUUUAGGCAGCCUCAAGAAGAGGGAGAACUCAGAGGCUGGCGAAGGAAAUGGAAUGAAUAGUGAGAAUUUAGAUUUAGAUAACUGUUUGGCUGUUUUAGAAAGGAUAUCUGACAUGGGUCUAAGCAGGUUGAGACCAGAUUUGAUUGAGGACACGUCUACAAGUGAUACUGUGCUGGAUGAGGAGGAAAUUAUGUCUUUAGGGAGGGUGUUUCUUGAAAAUGCUGAUGUUUUUCAAGCUUUGUGUUUGAAUAUUCAAAAACAGGUGAGUGGUGGGAUUGAUGAUGGAAAUUCAGCAAUGCGUAUAUCAUUGAGGUCAGAACUUAAGAGUGAAGAGGCUGAGGAGAAGGUGCUAAAAUUGAUCCAAAGAAGUGUUCAGACUUCACAUUUGGAUGCUAUGAAGGAAUGCUUGGUAAAGGAUGAUGUGGAUGGAGCAGUUUCACAUAUUAGGUUUCUCAAUUUGGAUUAUGGCGUGGAGGAGAAGGAGCUGCGCCUGGUUUUGCAUGAUAUUCUCAAGAGGGUUUUGGCAAUGGUGGAUGAUUAUAGAGAUGCCUGGCUUGCAUCCAGAUUCAAACUUUUGUCAGUUUAUGGAGAAGCACUUUCGUCUGGUUGUGCACACCUAGUUCAAAUGAUUCAGGCUAUUCAAGAUGAGUUGCUCUUUGUGGAUAUGGAUAGUUUGAGAUCUCGCAGUGAACACAUUACUCUCCCCCUUCUGCGCCUUCAGAAUUUUGUAAAAGAACUGAAACCGGACACUGGUUCAGGUGAAACGGAAAGAUUAUUGAGUAUCGCUACGAGUGCAUGCUUGAGGGAAACUUACCAUUUUGCCCGUGUUAGUGGCUUGCAUGUGCUGGAAUGUGUCAUGGAUACUGCAUUAUCUUUUGUGCGCAAUGGGGAACUCCAAGAAGCUAGAAAUGUUCUCUUUUUGUUUCCCCGACUUCAACCUCUGGUAGCUGUUCUUGGUUGGGACUUGUUGUCUGGUAAAACAAUGUUGAGGAGAAAACUGAUGCAAGUACUAUGGACUAGCAAAUCACAAGAUUUUUUUUUGCACGACUCUCUUCAUUAUAGUUCAAAAUUAAAUGAGGCGUCGUGUGUUGAACAUCUUUGUGAUUUAUUAUGUUACCAGCUUGAUCUUGCUUCUUUUGUUGUGUCUGUUAAUUCCGGUCAAUCCUGGAGUUUGAAAUCAUCCUUACUUUCGUACGGGAAUGAACAAUCAGAUAAAGAAAGAGAAAGCAUUAAAUGGGAUCCAUUUGUUGAAAACUUUGUGCUAGAAAGAUUAUCCGUGCAGAGUCCACUUCGGGUAUUGUUUGAUGUUGUUCCAAGAAUUAAAUUUCAAGAUGCGAUAGAGCUGAUCAGCAUGCAGCCCAUCACUUCAACACUAGCAGCCUGGAAGAGGGUGCAAGAUAUUGAACUUAUGCACAUGAGAUAUGCCAUGGAAUCUGCUGUUCUUGCUCUGGUGGCCAUGGAAAAAAAUAUACAUGUAGGAGACGUAAAGGAGGGCACUGAUAUGUGCCAUUUGAGAGAUGUGAAGAGCCAUCUUGAUGCCAUCAACAGUAUUCCCAGAAAGAUAUUUAUGGUGAACACUAUCAUCUCCACUCUUCAUAUGGCUGAUCUCUCUCUCGGUUCAGAAACUUCUACCUCAUCGAGGAGUUCAUCUGAACUGCCCACUACUCUCAGAAGCAGCAAUUUGGACAAUGCAGUUAGAGAGUCAGUGAAUGAGACAGUUGUAUUGUUUAUUGGGCAAUUACUUGAUAUAUUACAACACAAUAUAGCAUCAUCAGAGGAGAAUUACUGCAAUGAGAAUAUAUCAUCUGGUGGAAAAGAAGCCCUUGGGUGGCUAAUCUUGAAUGCCAGGCAUUUUAUUGAAGAUUGGAGAUGGCGGUUGUCUAUUCUGCAAUGCCUACUGCCAUCGUCUGAUCGGAAAUGGAAAUGGAAGGAAGUUCUAGCAGUGUUACAUGCAGCACCUUCAAAGCUGCUGAAUCUUUGUAUGCAGAGGGCAAAGUUUGACAUUGGAGGGGAAGCUGUUAAACGUUUCUCUUUACCUCCAGAAGACAAAGCUACACUAGCAUUACUUGAAUGGGUAGAUGGUACCGUCAAAAGAGCAUCUGUGGAGGAUGCUGUAACCCGUGCUGCUGAUGUAUAUUCUGCUGUCCAGCAAUUAGACUUUUCUUCUUUACGUGCUCAGUUAGGCCCUUUGCAUGCUAUUUUGUCAUGCAUUGAUGUAGCUGCAACGUCGGCAAAGUGCCAGACCAUAUGUCUGAAACUUUUAAAUGAGGCUCAGGUUAUGCUUUCAGAGAUCUAUCUUGGUACUUCCCCUGAAAUGGGGUCAAAAUACUGGGAUCAGAUUCAUGACAUGGCAAUGAUAUCUGUAGUUAAGCGCCUCCUUAGAUAUUUACAGGAACUACUUGAGCAGGAUAAGUCCUCCGAUCUUCAGGCCAUUUUAUCAGGAGAGGUGCUCCUUCUAUCCUCAAAGGAGUGUAACCAGAAAGCGCAUCGAGAACGCGCUCUUGUUAUGCUUCAUCAAAUGAUUGAAGAUGCUCAUUUUGGGAAAAGGCAGUUUCUUAGUGGUAAGCUUCAUAAUCUUGCAAGAGCAGUUGCUGAAGAAGAAACAGAAAGAGAUAACUUCAAAGGAGAGAGCUCAUAUUCUGAUUGGAAAGGAUCUCUAGUGUGUACCAGAAAUGGGAUUAUAGGUCUUGGCUUGAAAUCUUCGAAACCAGUAUCGCAAACUUCUCCAACUAGUGAAAGUAAUGUACUUUCUGACAACUAUGUCUGCAAAGAAACAGGGAAGAGAUUAUUUGGGCCUUUAAGCUCCAGGGCCGUAACAUAUCUCUCACAAUUUGUUAUCUACAUCGCUGCAAUUGGUGAUAUUGUUGAUGGGACUGAUACAACUCAUGAUUUCAAUUACUUCUCUCUCGUUUAUGAAUGGCCUAAAGAUCUUUUAACUCGCUUGGUCUUUGAGAGAGGCAGCACGGAUGCAGCUGAAAAAGCAGCAGAAAUAAUGUCUGCUGAUUUUGUGCAUCAAGUAAUAUCUGCGUCAGUGCCUUCAGUUUAUCCUCCAAGAUAUGGUCAUGGUUGGGCUAGUGUUGCAUUGGUUCCCACAUUUCCUAAUAAUGACUUUGAAAGCAGUGCAACGACUAUUUCAAGGGCGGCUAAGCUUGAUACAAUCAGCAGUUCACCAUCUACCACUGGACUACCUUUAUACCCUCUCCAGCUGGAUAUAAUAAAGCAUCUAAUCAAAUUAUCCCCAGUUAGGGCUGUCUUAGCAUGUGUCUUUGGUAGCAGCAUACUUCAUCAUGGAAGUGUAACUUCCAUUUCUAGAUCAUUCCAUGCUGGCAUGAUACAAAUAUCAGAUUCAAAUAGAUUAUUUUAUGAAUUUGCACUUGAUCAAUCCGAGAGGUUUCCUACCUUGAAUCGCUGGAUACAGAUGCAAAGCAACCUUCAUAGUGUGUCAGAGUUUGCUGUGAAGACUGACCAUGCUUCAAAACAUGGUAACAAUGAACCUAAAAGUAGGGCAUCUAUGAAAAGACUUCGUGACUAUGGAAGUGACAGUGAAUCAGAAGUUGAUGAAAACACACACAGCAAUAAUAUGGUAAGAAGAUCUUCAGAGGUAAAUAACGAGGAAACCAUUCAUCCCGAUCCGUGGGACAUUCCUCCAAAGUCUAUACCUGCUGAUCGUGAUUCGGUUCUUCUUUCGUUUGACUGUGAAAAUGAAGGUCCUUACGAAAAAGCUGUUGAACACUUAAUUGAGGAGGGAAAGUUGAUGGAUGCUCUUGCUAUCUCCGACCGCUUCUUACGCAACGGUGCCUCAGACUGGCUGCUCCAACUCCUACUCGAACAUGGAGAAGAAAAUAAUUCAGGACAGUCUCAAAGUUACUCAGGCAAUCACCCCUGGAGCAACAGUUGGCAGUAUUGUCUAAGGUUGAAGGAUAAACAUCUGGCAGCUAGACUUGCCCUCAAAUAUUUGCGUCAAUGGGAGCUAGAUGCUGCUUUGGAUGUUCUUACUAUGUGCAAUUGCCACUUGCUUGAUACAGAUCCUUUAAAAAAUGAGGUUGAGCAAAUGAGGCGAGCCCUCUUUAGGUUCAAGCAUAUAUUAUGUGCUGAUGACCGCUACAGUAGUUGGCAGCAGGUUGAGACACAUUGUAAAGAUGAUCCCGAGGGCCUUGCACUUAAAUUAGCUGAGAAAGGAGCUGUUUCUGCUGCUCUAGAAGUUGCUGAAAGUGAAGGUCUUUCUAUUGAACUUCGGAGAGAAUUACAGGGUCGCCAACUUGUGAAGCUCUUGACUGCAGAUCCUUUAAAUGGUGGAGGUCCUGCAGAAGCAUCACGGUUUCUUUCUUCUCUACGUGACACUGCUGAUGCUUUACCAGUUGCAAUGAGUGCAAUGCAGCUUUUGCCAAACCUUCGAUCAAAACAUCUUCUUGUUCACUUUUUUCUGAAGAGUAAGGAUAAUAAUUUAUCUGAGGCGGAAGUCUCUAGGCUCAACUCAUGGGCUUUAGGUCUUCGUGUCUUGACAGCCCUGCCUAUACCAUGGCAGCAAAGGUGCUCUUCCUUGCAUGAGCACCCCCAUUUGAUUCUUGAAGUUUUGUUGAUGAGGAAACAACUUCAGUCUGCUUCUGUGAUUCUUAAAGAGUUUCCUUUGUUGAAAGACAGUGUAAUUAUCACAUAUGCUGCCAAAGCUAUUGCUGUCAGCAUCAGUACACCUUCUAGGGAGCACCGAGUUUUAGUUACUGGUCAAAGGCCAAGGCAGAAAAAAACAGGAACACCUAUGCGGUCAUCCUUUUCAAGUAGCCUAAGUAACUUGCAAAAAGAGGCUAGAAGGGCUUUUUCUUGGGCUCCCCGCAAUAAUGGAGAUAAAUCUGCUCCUAAAGAUACAUACAGGAAGAGAAAGACAUCUGGGUUAAUGCAACCUGACAGAGUGUCUUGGGAGGAAAUGACUGGUAUUCAGGAAGACCAUGUGCCUUCUUUUUCUGUAGAAGGGCAAGAGCGACUUGCUACUGCUACUAUUGCAGAGGAGUGGAUGCUCACAGGUGAUAUAAAGAAGGAUGAAGCUAUUCGUUCCAGUCAUCGUUAUGAAAGUGCUCCUGAUAUUAAUCUCUUUAAGGCACUUCUUUCACUUUGUUUGGAUGAGAGGGCAUCAGCCAAAGCAGCUCUUGACUUGUGUGUCAAUCAGAUGAAAAAUGUGUUAACCUCUAAACAAGUACCUGAAAACGCAUCUAUGGAAACUAUUGGUCGAGCAUAUCAUUUGACAGAAUGUUUUGUGCAGGGUCUUCUCUUUGCAAAAUCAUUGCUAAGGAAGCUUGCAGGGGCUAAUGACAUGUCAGUUAGCGUUGAGAGAAGUAGAGAUGCUGAUGAUUCAUCUUCUGAUGCUGGCAGCUCUAGUGUGGGUAGUCAAUCAACAGAUGAUUUAUCAGAAGCACUAGCACAAGUUGAGAUUUGGCUAGGACGUGCUGAAUUGAUGCAGAGCCUUCUUGGUUCUGGAAUAGCUGUGUCCCUUGAUGAUAUUGGUGAUAAAGAAUCAUCAGAACAUCUUCGAAACAGACUUAUUUUAGACGAAAAGUAUAGUAUGGCUGUAUACACAUCCAAGAAGUGCAAGAUUGAUGUUUUUCCUGUGUGGAAUGCAUGGGGCCAUGCUCUAAUUCGGAUGGAGCAUUAUGCACAAGCUCGAGUAAAAUUCAAACAAGCUCUUCAGUUACACAAAGGUGAUCAUGCAAGUGUGAUUUUGGAGAUUAUAAAUACAAUUGAAGGAAGCCCACCUGCCGAUGUUUCAUCCGCGCGGUCAAUGUAUGAGCAUUUAGCUAGAAGCGCACCCGCAAUUCUGGAUGAUUCUCUUUCUGCUGAUUCCUAUCUUAACAUUCUGUACAUGCCAUCUACAUCUCCACGUUCUGAAAGAUCCAGGCGAUCACAUGAAGCAUCAAAUGAUUCUGCUGCGUAUGACGCCGACAUUGAAGAUGGGCCUCAUAGCAACUUGGAUAGUGUUAGAUAUAUUGAGUGUGUAAAUUAUUUUCAAGAAUAUGCUCGUCAGCAUUUGCUUGAUUUCAUGUUUAGGCAUGGACAUUACAAGGAAGCUUGCUUGUUAUUUUUCCCUCCCUCUUCUUUUCCUCCACCACCCCAGCCAUCUUCGGGUGUCACUUCCUCUACUUCUCCUCAAAGACAAGAUCAACUGGCAACCGAUUAUGGCAAUCUUGAUGUUUUGUGUGAUCUUUGCAUUGCUUAUGGGGCCAUGCCUGUACUGGAGGAGGUAUUGUCUGAAAGAACCUCGAAGAGUGCAUCACUAGACUCUUUAGUACAUGAGCACACUGUUGCCGCACUUGCCCGCAUUUGUAAUUAUUGUGAGACAUAUAAGCACUUCAACUAUCUAUACAAGUUUCAGGUAAUCAAGAAAGACCAUAUAGCUGCUGGGCUUUGCUCUAUUCAGUUGUUUAUGAACUCAUCUUCUCAAGAGGAAGCUAUAAAACAUUUGGAACAUGCCAAGAUGCAUUUUGACGAUGAGCUAUCUAUGCGAUCCAAAGGAGGAGUAUCUACUAAGCUUGUUUCAAAGGGUGUAAGAGGGAAAAGUGCUGCUGAGAAGCUUUCAGAAGAAGGCCUUCUCAAAUUUGUUCUUAGGGUUUCCAUUCAGCUCGAUGUCGUAAAAUGCUUUAAUGAUUCUGAGGGACCACGAUGGAAGCAUUCUCUAUUUGGGAAUCCAAAUGACCCUGAAACAUUCAGGAGGAGGUGCGUGAUUGCAGAGACUCUUGCUGAGAGGAAUUUUGGUUUAGCAUUUCCACUGAUUCAUGAAUUCAAUCUUCCGGCUGUUGACAUAUAUGCUGGAGUCGCUGCAUCACUUGCUGAGAGGAAGAAGGGAGGACAGCUAACAGAAUUCUUUAGAAAUAUUAAAGGCAUAAUAGUUGAUGAUGAUUGGGAUGAGGUCUUGGGGGCUGCUAUCAAUGUUUAUGCAAACAAGCACAAGGAGCGCCCUGACCGUCUUAUUGACAUGUUGACUAGCAGCCACAGAAAGGUACUGGCCUGUGUUGUUUGUGGUCGUCUCAAAAGUGCAUUCCAAAUCGCUUCUAGAAGUGGAAGUUUGGCCGACGUUCAGUAUGUGGCACAUCAGGCGUUACAUGCUAAUGCACUUCCAGUUCUUGAUAUGUGCAAACAAUGGCUGGCUCAGUACAUGUAGUUAUUAUCCCCAAGAAUAUGAUAUCUGGAUUCAAGCGGUCCGUGUGUUGUACAACGUUAGUUUCUUGAUGUAAAGCUUUUUCUAAUUAGGUGAUAACAAACAAGAUUUGUCAAUGGCUCUUGAAUGCUUGAUGAUGAUGAGGCAUCGAGUUUUGCUCGCACAAGGGUAUAAACACACCAUACAUCACUUCUAGUCACGUAAAAUUUUACUGUCUACCCCUUAUGAUACAGGUGAUUAGUGAGUGGUUAAGGGGUUGUGUGGUUAGUUGUAAGCUGGUGUUGGUUUAUAAAUACCUCAUUUAUCUGUACUUAUGAGAUCAAUGAAUGGAUAAUAAAUAU